UUCAACCCUUCAAAACCCUCACCAAUGUCACUUUCUCUAACCAUUUCUCUCUUUCUUUUCUUCCUUCAAAAUUCCUAUGCUAAUGCUGCCUUACCAAUAAUCUCUGUCAACAACACCACAUGUCAAACCACAUGUGGCACAAUACCAGUCAAAUACCCCUUUGGAACUGGUUAUGGUUGUGGCCACCCUGCAUUUUCAAGCUUCAUAAGCUGCAACCAUGGAACCCUUUUGUUCUCAACUAGGACUGGCACCUACACCAUUUCCUCCAUAGACUACCCUAGUAACACCAUCAUGGUCCAUGACCCUUUUAUGUCAAACUGUUCCUCAAUGCAAAACUCUGGUAGCUUUGGCAUUGAUAGUGGAAGCCCUUUUAGACUUGGCAAAGAGAACAUCUUUGUUCUCCUUGGUUGCUCCACAACUUCUCCAGUUUUUGACCCAAAGGAAGAUUUGUGCGACACAGGCUCAGGUACAAGAGUUUGUAGAGGGUUGUAUUCUUGUAAAGGAGUGAAUGGCAUUGGUUUGCCACAACAUGCACCAAUAAACACUUGUUGUGUCUAUGAUUAUGAAGCCAAUGCAGGUUUAGGUUUGGAUCUUCCUAAGCUUCAAUGCUCCUCUUAUGCCUCAGUGUAUGAGUUUGUGGAUCAAGGAGACCCUAUGAAAUGGAAGUUUGGGAUAUCAUUGGUGUAUAAUUAUUCCUAUGACACUGAUGAUUGUAGGAACUGUGAAGACAGUGGAGGGUUGUGUGGGUUUCUAAGUUUGGAUAAGUCUUUUGCUUGUAUUUGCAGGAAUGGUGUCAACACUACCACUAAUUGUUUUGGAAGAGGAUAUGCUUGGAGUGGAACAACAGCAUUGAAGGUUCAAACCAUGUUGGCUAUUGGAGGACUCUUGCUAUCUUUGAUGUUGUCACCCUUCUGGUGAAGAUAUAGGGUGUUUCACAAGCUCCCUCCUUGGAAUGCUAAAUACUGGUCACGAUGCUACAGAAGUUGUUGGAAAAGUUCUCUUGUGAAUGAGAAAUGAUCAUUAGAAGCAGCUAGAUUGUUUUCAGAACUUUAAAUUGAGUCUGAGGCUGAGCCAUUGAUUAGUUGGGAUGACUUGUCUCAGAUUCAGAUUAAGAUGUAAAUUACAUGACAGUAGAUGUAGAAUCACUUGAAUGCACACCCAAAUAGAUGUCACUAAACUUUUGUAGGACCAAAUCCGAUGUCUCAACUACUUCGAGGACCAACUUGGUGUUACGUAUCUUUCAUUUCCACAAUUAUUUCAAUUUUUUCUUCUCGGAUUAUUAAUAAUUA